AUGGGUCUUUUUGUCAGUCGUUUGUAUGAAAUGUUCGAGUCAUUCAAUACUGGACCACCAUCACGAAUUCUAAUGCUCGGUCUUGACGCAGCUGGCAAAACAACAAUUCUCUAUAAAGUUAAACUUAAUGAAAAUCUUCAAACUAUUCCUACGAUUGGUUUUAAUGUUGAACAAGUUAGUCCAUGUCGUGGUGUUUCAUUUACUGUCUGGGAUGUUGGAGGUCAAGAAAAAAUUCGUCGCCUUUGGCAACAUUACUAUCAAAAUGCCGAUGGUUUAAUAUUCGUUAUUGAUAGUAAUGAUCAAGAACGAAUCGAAGAAGCUCGAGAAGAACUUCAUGGUAUUCUCUCAGCACCUGAUAUGUCCAGAGUACCACUCGUUAUUUUAGCUAACAAACAAGAUUUACCUAAUGCUAUGAAAACUUCAGACAUUGCUCUUAAAUUAGGUUUGAACACACUAGCUGGUAAACAUAAAUGGUUUAUUCAACCAGCAUGUGCGGUAACUGGCGAUGGUUUACUUGAAGGAAUGCUUGAAAUGUCAAAUCUCGUUAAACAACAUCGUAAAAAUGAUUAUUAA